AUGGCCGAAUGGGAUCAAUCGUUCCAAGGAGAACAAAAGUGGCAAGGCGAAAAUAGUUUUGCCACCGGUGCCAAACAAGAUAGUCGAGCAACUGCUAUUGCUGAAAGACUUCCAGUUCCAACUACAAUUACUGAUUUGAAUGCUCUUCUCGAUACAUCAGAUGAUAAAUUCGUUCUCGGAACUUUCCGAUUUGCAACUGUUAUGACAGUUGGACUCGUCAAAUCGAUAUCUGAUCAAGAUGGAACAAUGACAUAUACUUUAGGAGAUCCAGACAAUGACGAGAACGAUUUCGUAGCUGUAAAAUAUGCAAGCGAUGUAAGACAUUUACUUUUUGAUACAAUUUUUAUCAACUAUUUUCAGUCAUCACGUUCCCAAGCUGAAAUUGUCGAAGGUUCUCGUGUUCGAGCUAUCGGAAAACUCAAAGGAUUUGAUGGAAACAACAGUAAGUUCUCUUAUUGGGUACUUUGAAAAUAAUUUAUUAUUUUUAGUUAUCAUGCUUUUCAACAUUUCCGAAAUCCCGGAUGAUAAAGACUAUCGCAUUUUCACUCUCGAAGCCAAAGCGGCAAAAUUGUUUUUCGAGAAAAAUGUGAUGAACAAAUUGAAAUCUGGAAAUGUUCAAAGUAUGAAAGGAAUGUUGGCACCACCAACCAGAAGAAAUAACUCGAAUACUUCAACUGAAAACUCGAAUUCGGUUAGUUUCUAAAGAAAUACAUAUUGGAUGAGAAAGUUGAAUAUCGAUAACAUUUUCAGCAACCUCAACAAACCAAAGAUCGAAUCUACCAAGAUGUGAAACCAGCCGAAAACUCAAGUUUGGAAAACAAAAUAAUGGAAGUUUUCAAAACAAUUCAUGAUUCGGAGGAAGAAGGAGGUGUUAGUGUUGAUUGGAUUACAUCUCAAUGUCCUGGUCACACUCGCGAACAAGUCAAACAAGCUAUCGAGCAUCAGGCUGAAAUGGGAAAUCUGUAUGAAACACAUACAGCUGAAUAUUAUGCCAAGAUUUAA